CACAAUUCCAAGUAAAAGAUUACAAAGCAACAAUGUGCACAGAUAAAUAAAAAGAGAUGUCGUAAUGUCACUGGCUAUUUUUAAGAUGAACCUGACGACGGACUAGAUCAUUGCGAAGCCGCCAUGACUACCAAGCAUGGCGUCUUUGCUUAUUUGUUCCAAGCCACGUGCGUUACUAUGCUUUUGGUUUUUAAUUUGAUUUCUGAUCUCUUUAUGGUCGGAUUUUCUCUGUUUCUGGGCGUGCAAUGUGAUCGGCUCUGUUAUCAGUUGGAGAAUCUUAAAGAUAAAGAAAAUAUUGAUAUUAAGAAACUUGCUGAAUAUUAUAAACGGAUAUUGAGGUUUGCUAGGAAUAAGGACAGACUCUUUGGUACAGUAUACUUCUUCUUUUUCUUUGCCAGUCUAGCAGCGUAUAGUAGUACAUUGUUUUUGCUUUCAAUUACUGAGCCAUGGACCUUUAGAUUUUUUCAUAUGUGCGAAUAUGUUUGUGCUAUAUUUGGUAUGCUAUUUACUCCUUGUUGGUUUGGAACGACAGUUACCAAAAAGAGCGAGAAAAUUCCAAUGGCAGCUUAUUCAGCUGGUUGGGUGGAUGCUGGUAAGAAUUUCAAAAAUGAUUUAAUCAUUUUCAUGAAUAUGGUUCAAGCCCCAAUACAGUUUAGAGCGUGGAAUCUUAUUCCACUGUCUUUGGAAUCAUAUAUGGCGGUUAUAAAAACAUCAUUUUCAUACUACACGGUUUUGAACAAUCUAGUAGAAAAUUGAAAAAAAAGUUUGACGCCAAAUGUUUUCGAUACAAGCACUUGCACAAAGUUCACCACGUGAACAAACAAGAAUGGAGUAGAUACCUAUAACACUACACACAAUUCAAGAAAACUUCAAGAACAAAAAAUAUUUAACCGAUAUUUUUACACUAUAAUAAAUAUUACA